AUGUGGCUGGACGAUUGGGCCAAUCGUCUCAACCACAAGCCGAUGGACCGGCCGCCAGGUUCGGAGAUGGCCUUGACAACGGUCGUAGACAUUGAAGCACUGGGGCGGUCGACUGCUCAAACCGUGGAAGUCGAUUGUGCGGAAAAGGCGGAUUACCCGAUUCUCCCCAAGAUGAACGAAGGUGAUGCGGGGUUCCAGCUUGGCGCCCUGCCCGGAGAGAUGCCCGUCCCGAGUUCCACUGACGACGAUGCCAGCCCCGCCAAGAAGCAGCGUGCCCAGGGAUCGAACAAGGCGCGGCCGGGUGCUCAGACAGGACGGUCCAAGCCUCGCAAGGAAACCGCUGAGCCUACUUCUCUCACGCUUGACAUGACCACUUUGGAGCGUCUGCUCGACCAGAAUUGCACCAAGAUCCUCAAGGCGAACCGUGAACAUGCGCAAGGGCUGCUCGACGCACUUGAGGAGAGACAGGCUGCCCGCUUUAUGGCUUUGGAACGUACAGUGGAGGGCGUGGAAUACACCGUCGAAGGUUUCGAAAGCAGGCUCAAAGCGGUUGAAGACAAGCUCUCGAAGGGUGUCCAGGGAGAGGAUGAAGGACGGCGCAGGAACACCCUGGUAUUCGGAGGUUGGGAAGCUGACACUCGUAAGGCCAGCAUACUCAGCGAGCUCGAGCAGGCCAUCUCCAAACUAGGGAUCCAGAUGGAGUUCGACGAGCCGCCUUUCUGCACCGGCCCGCGCCGGUCGGUGGCCCUGUGCAAUUUUGCUGCCCGUGCGGGUGAAGAUGACUCUUCGCGCAGGUCCAGGAUGCAUCGUGUGGUGCAAGCUUUCACACGAGAGAAGCUCCUCACCUCCUCCAAGCGCAAGCUCUGGGUUGGAUUCUCUAAGCCUAAGGAGGCGCGAGAUGUCGCGUCCAACUGCUCCUGGGUCCGCCGGACAGUGCAACAGGUUGCGGAAGCUCGUCUUGACAUACUUGAUUGCGAGUACGGGUCAGGCACGGUCUGGCUUGGCAGCUCGCUCGUUGCCAGUGUGGGGCGACCUAUCCCACCUGGCACAGAUGCCAGCGACAUUGUGGUGCACGAGAAGGGUGUGGCAAAAGGGUGGGUCAACGCGCGUCUCCUGGCCAAAGAGACCAAGUGCAAGGAGGAUCGCCUGCUGGCCGUUGGGGCUGAGAUCGAGGCCCCUCUGUAUAGCGCGACUAGCAGGGAAUUAGAUGCAAUGCACGGUGAUAAAUUUGCGGGCAACCAUGACUCCUUCGCUCAAGGCACAGGUGGCACGGCACAACCCGGUCAGCAGUGUGAAAUUAGGGUCUUCGGAUGGAACCUGGGAGGCGCGGCCUUGGAAAGCAUCAAGCCAGCCCUGGGGGACAUCUCCAGAGGUCCCGCCCUUGCUGACGACAUCUUCCUGUUUCAAGAGUUUCCUCGCAGAGCAGCAGGGUGGUCGCGCGAAAGGGUCGAAGACCGGCUCUACGUUCACCAUCGUGACAAACGUCAGUGGAGAGGAGUGGGAAUCGCCUUCAGUGAGACGGCCUGGGCCCUGCGAAAACGUGUUGCCGCGGGCCACGGGUGUUGGUUCCACCUCCAGAGCUUGCACUCUACCACUCAGAUUUGGUGCGGAGUCUUCUACUUCGCCCCAGGGACCCCGUUGGCGGAGUUCGAAGCGGCUUUGAUCCAGUUUCUAGGGAAGAAGCCAAGCACUACCCUACCGAUCAUAAUCCAAGGUGAUGUGAAUGCACACUUUCACUGGUGCCAGGCACCCGAUGGCGACAAAGCCUCCAGCACCGACGGGCGAUCGCUCCUUUUCAGCGACCGGCUGUCGGCCACGGGUCUGACGGCUGCAGCCCCUCUUCGAUCACACCAAGCUCUACCUACCAGCAGGCCUCGGCAGGCUGAUCGCAAGGGCCAUCACAUCGACCUCUUUGCAGUUCAGAGGGUUCUCAGGGCUAGGGUCGAAGUCAUGGUUGACUCCUGUAUGCUCAUCGGCACUGAUCAUGAGGUCUUAUGUGGACUUUUUCGCAUUCGCCAGGGCAAACUUCGGAAGAGGUGUGCCACAGGGCCGCGCGUGUGGACAGGAGGCAUGGACCAGAUCGACUAUGUCGACCAAGGGGUUUUGGAGCACCUCGCGCGGCACCACACCAAGCCGCGACCAAGCCAAGCUUACCGCGACCCUGAGGAAGUCAAGGCACGAUUCCGAAGGGCUCGGCAUCUCAAAUCCAGAGAAGCAUGGAAACAGGCUAUGGACUCCAGGCGCCAGGCGCGGAAAGCAUGGGAACGCGCGAGGCUGGCCCGUGCUGCUCAGGGGGACUGGGCGGCAUUCCGAGAGGUGAAACGCCAGGGGCCUCUGGGAUGGGAAAUCGACUAUGCCGAAGCACAGUCCAAGGACGUCCACCUCACCGUUCAUGAUCACCUAGCCAAGGUGUACUCUGGCUCGCCCCUUCGCCCCUACAAGGACAAGGCCGUCCCGGUCACGGCUUUCUCAACCCAGGAACUUCAAACUGCGCUGGAUGGGCUGAAGGCUGGGAAGUCGGUAGGAGUUGACCUUACAAGUGCAGAACUUCUACGGGGGAUGAUCACGGUGGACGGUGGCCGCAUGCACCUCUUGGAGUUCCUGAAUCGCGUGCUCACUACACGCGAGAUUCCGCGAGCGUGGAAUAGGCCCUUGGUUAUCCUACUACCUAAAGUUCCCUCUCCGGUGUCUCCUACCCAACUCCGGCCGAUCGCGCUAGGAAGCAGUGCGGCGAAACUGUUCGCCAAAAUGAUCCUCGCCAGGGUGAAAGACUCAUUGGGUUUCAGAACUUCUUCGCAAUGCGCUGGAGGAGGCCGCCAAACCGCCGAUUUCCUUUUCUGCAUCCAUCGGCUGCUUGAACUGAGCCGUGAGUGGGCUCUCCCUGUUUCCUUCUUGAAGAUUGAUGUGAGUAAGGCCUUUGACUCCCUCAAUCGUCAGGCUCUUCUGGAACGCCUCCAUGACCGCCUCGGAGACACGGCCGAAUUCUUCGCCCUGCAGGCAUUGCUCUUGGACGUCAAGGCCUUGCUUCAGACCAUGUGGGGAUCAUCGGAAAUUAACAUGCUUUCCGGCAUAAAGCAGGGGGCUUCGGAAAGCCCCAUGCUGUUUGGGUUCAUCAUGGAAGUGGCACUUCAAGAAGCCGGUGACAAGUACGAGUGGGGUAAUAUGCGCAGGGUUCUUCAGGAACUGGGCUCUUCCGACCUCCUUUUCAUGGACGACGGGAUCCUCUGGGCUAGGGAUUGCACUGACUUGACCAAAAAGAUACGAGACUUCUCCGCGGUCCUCGCCACUUACGGCCUCUCUCUCAACCUGGGCAAGUGUCAACUCUACUGCACUCCCGCCUGCCCCCUCCCCCACCAACUCCAGAUCGAGGACACGGUCCUUCGGGGCAAAGAGGGCUUAGAGGUUAUGGGGAUUACCUUCGCACAAGGGACUUCCGUGACUGCGAUGAUGCAUCCGAUGCUGAUCAGGGCUCAGAACAAGUUCUGGUCGUUGAAGCACCUAUUUCGAAGCAAGGUGUCAGCAGUGUCCCGACUUCAGCUCAUGCAUAGGGUUGUGACCAACUCCGCCUUGUGGUGCUGUUCCGCCUUCCCACCGGAGCGCGGCGCCUUAAAGGCGGUCAAUACCCAACAAAACCUCCUGAUAGGCUGGCUCCUCCGUCUCGGCAAGCGCAAGGGCGAGGAGUGGCUGGCCUACCGCCUCCGCAUUGUCAGGUCUGCACGGGCCAUGCUAGUGAAGGCGGGGUUACCUCGUUGGUCCACAGUCUGGUUACAGCGAUGGUGGGGUUAUGCAGGGCAUAGGGUCAGAUCACUGCUUCGUCCGGUGCCGCCUUUCAGUGCCGUGUUGGACGCUGUGCGAACCUUAGAGUGGUGGCAGCGCCAAAAACGACCGACAGGAGUCCUACAUCCAGCGCCUUUCUACCCCCGCCUGAUGAACCUGGAAAGGGCUAUGGACAAGGCCUGCUCCGGGCCAGGAAAACUCCCCGAGUACCUGCCCAUGCUUCGACUUCUACACUUGCUCUUUUCGCGCGCCCUCCUUUGGGAUGUGCGCCUCGUCCCGACGGCCCCCGCCACGCUGUGGGCCGCACUUGAUAACCUUGACUCGACCCCUCGGGCCGCUCUCUACCUCAUCGGCAUCACUCUCGGACCAGCUCCUCGAGCUUUGGCGGCUCCUACCUCCCCCUUCUUUGGCGAGUGGCCGCCGCAAUGGUACAUCGACACGGUCAGCCAGGGACGCGCUAUACUUCGGGAUGGGGGAAGCUUGGAACAUAUGCUGCUGGACUUGAUCUCGGUGGUUAGCGGAAGGUCUUCCCCGGGCUACACGGCGUAUGUCGGCCCCAUUCUGCGUGAUGUCUCCGACCAGCUUCGCCAGGAGAUCUCCUCCCCCGCACUCACAUGGCUGGAUUCGGCGACGAGCUCCGCUUCGCCCCCUGACCGACUCUGCCUUGGACCCCGGAUUGCGGACUGGAUUGAAUAUGCUGAGCGGCACUUCCUGCUCGAGUACCUCGUCGCCUACUUCCCGGACUAUGUCAUGGACUGGGACGUCCGGACGCGCAUGGGCAAUAACCAGUGUGACCCCCUGCCAGGUCAUGGCUCUGGGGUAAACCACCUGAUCACACAAGGACCUGCACGACGACCCCCGCGACACCCCGGACGACCUCUACCUCGAUCCUGGUCAGCCUCGGUGGUCCACGACAUCCACUGCUUCCACGCUCAGGGCUACAAAACGGCAGGCCUGGUCCAGGCUAUCUCCCAACAAGUUUGCCUCCGAGACUACGGACCACACGCGGGAUGGGCACACCGUCAGGUUCACACGGCAUGGGCCUUGACUUCUGACUUGGCCAACCUCACCACCUCGAUUCCUCCGUCCCACUACCAAGCAUGGGCUUCCAGCUGGGAGCGCAUCCUAUGGCAUCUGAGCCAACAAAGUGGCUCCCUACACCUUGGUGUCCACAUCCGCGAGCUCGCCCUCGGAGUCUGCCUGGCCUCCACCCGCAGUACAGCCUGUCUCGGUCUCCUGCUGGCCCCGAUAGCUGCCCAACCUCCGGAUGAUCAGGAUGUGCAACUGCCUCACUGGAUGGUAGCUGCCGCACAGGUCGCCACCACACUCCAACAGCGGGGAGUACCGGGCUCUGACCUCAUCGGCCUCCUCAAUGCAGCGAUUGCGUCCCGCCAGGUUCAACCCUACACUGACUUUACGGUGGGAAUGGUCCAAAUCAUCUGCCUCCUCACCGACAACCCCAUCACGCAUCAGCAUCCCGGGGUGGUUAUGCAGGACGUCGCGGAGUGGGUUGAAUAUGUGGAACGACAUAUGAUGGGUGAGUUCCUCAUCGACCACCACGCGAAUGAGCUCGCCCUACACACCAUGGCGAUGUCGGGCGGCCUCCCGCUCGAUGCCGACCUUCCUCAACAGCGCAGAGAAAGUCUUGACCUUCGAGCCCGACGAGAACAAUUCAACCAAAUACGGCGACCGAGUGAGCUCAUUCUGCAACUACGCCAAGCCCCACUCCCUGCUGUCUCCAACCGCGGGCACCGCUUGCAGUGGACAGGCUCGGCAGUACAACACAUCCACGACCUCCACUAUCAGGGUUACCACACUGGAUGUUGUGUGCCACUACUGCGGGCGUGUGUGCUUGAGAGACGCUUUGCAGAGUACGAGUCCGCUGCACGAAGGUACCUUGCAGCCAUUCAAUCCCAAAUUGGCACCUACCCGGGAGGCGACGAACUAUGCAGCUGCGACACAGCGGACUGGGCAUCCCGCUUGGAGGAAGACUUGUGGAGGGCCUUUGUUCUACAUGGCCUCGAUACAGAGGGACUACCUCCUGGUUCGAGCUCCUCCUCGUCUUCGGGAUCCCUGCCAAUGGAUGAUGAAACGAGCCUCGCACAGCGACCCCGACAGCGGUGGCUCAAGCAUGGACCCACGCGAAGGCGUCGGAUGAACCCUGCAACCACAACGACAGCACGUCGACCCCUACGCCGCGAACCCAGUCGAUCGAACAGAGCGACCUGCACAGCGGAGACGGUCAACUUAGCCAGGACAGCGGCCACAAAGAGCACACACGGCUCGGAAGCUCGGGCCACAGGCCCGCAUGCCCGUGGACCGAAGCCUAGAGCCAGGCCUGCGCCCCGCCGUACCGGCCCACAUGCUGCCCCGGCCGCGCUGCCCGCCUCUGCAGCCGCCGCCACAUCAUCGGACGACCUGUUCCUCCCCAUGUCCCUGGACUCGGCAGUCGAUACGUGGAUGCUUACUUUGGGCAUGCGCCACAUUGAGGAGGAAGUGGGCAACCAUUUCCUGCCUGAGGCCACCAUGUCCAGCAUUGGCGACACAUUCCUUGACCAUGGCAUCCAAGACCGCCAAGUCCUCAUGCUAGCAGUGCACCGGGUGGCCUUGAACCUCCUCGCCAGCAUGGGCGAGGCCAUUCGAGUUGCUGCCCAACAAGAACGGGACGAACAGGCCCGCGAACGAGGCGAGGACACCGACGAAAGCGUCUACAUGCAGAUGCCCUCCUCCUUCCAGACCCUGCUCCAACAGCUACUACACGACCUAGAGGAAGUGGGUAAAGCCAGCUCGCCGUGCAUGGCCGAGUGGCUGAUCGAUUGGCUGUCCCACCGAUGUGCCAAUUCAGCCGGGGGAUACUGGAUUGGACAUAGUCAGGGCUACGCUGCGGAAGUACUGGCUGUUCUCGCGACCUUCGUGGGAGACGCCAACGCUGAUACCUGGGGCCAAUGCAACGAGGAGGAAACACAAUGGGCCACUGCGUGGGCCCAUCGCCUCCAACUCUACCUCCCAGUACACGAGGGUUCGCGACAAGCCCAUCGGCUGCCGCCUGAACGCAGCCCAGUCAUGCUGUUCUCCAAGCCAAUGCCGGACAGCUCGGAAGAGGAGGCAGUCGGCGACCAGUCCGUUCAUGGGGAUCUUCCGGCUCGUGUCAUUGAUCACCUGGUGGAAGCUGCUCGAACGGAGGACAGCCCUCCUGGCCCUCUGCAACCGGAGCCAAGCCCCCACGACGCGGCCGAGCUUCAAUACCUGCAGGGCCUUCGCACACCUGAGGCCUCCGAGCCCCCUUCCAAAGUCCGGGUGAUGAUGUUGGAAGUCAGCAGUGGCAGCACGGACACACCCAAGCGCACCAUCCGGGUGCCCCUGGACGCCAACGGCACGGCCAACCUUCGCCUCCGGAUUUGGCAGGAAGACGAGCUCGAUCAGGACGGAAUAGCAACCCAGCUGGUGGCACCGAGGGUCAUGGCUCCAGUCGACAAGCCCGCAGUCUCCGAGAUCGCCGAUACGGUUCCGGACUUGGAGCAUGCCAACCUGGAGGGGGACCGGAAUGCGUGGGGUGGGGACAUCAGUGCCAUCUCUCUGGAUGUGGUUCGCUCCAUCGCGGCCAACUCCGACCUGAACGAGGACCAGAUUGAACGGCUCUACGGUGUCCAGGUGCUCCACAUGGUCCAGACUUGCCGAGCUCUACAGGACUUCGAGGAUAGCCCGGAGGUCACUAUGCAUGUGGAUGCUGGUUCCCGUCCGAAGCCGGUCGACUCAGAGAGUGUAGCUGUGGCGGACGGGGAGAACCUCCUGGAGCCUACUACAAGGGUCGAGCACGGUGACUAG